AUGUUUCCCACCCGUGCCCUCCUGGGGCGUUCCGUUUGGAAAGCGACCACAUGCCCCAAAACAGACAUCAAUCUGCUAACACAAUCCAUCGCAACAGGCCCAAACAUUGUCCCUCUCCCUCUCCCCCGGAAACUCCCUCCUCCGCCGAACACACCCCCGAUCAAGACGCAAAAGCGCGGAGCAACAAUCCUCCCUAACUUCGUGGGCUUGCGGUUCUCGGUGCACAAUGGGAAGAACUACCAGGAUGUUUUGAUCACUGAGGAGAUGGUCGGACGGAAGCUUGGUGAAUAUGUUGCGACCCGGAAGAGGUUUACGUAUAAGCAGUCGAAGAACAAAUAG